AUGGGCUGCAGAUUCGUCAUACAUCCUGUCGUUGACCUCCCCGCGCUGGAACUUGACCACGAUAUUGGGGAAGCGCUCAGAGGAAUGAGACAAUCCGGCGAUGGAUUGGACAUCACUUUUCAAUCGGAGGGGAAGGAAAUCAGAGCGCACCGUCUUGUGCUGGGAGUUAUAUCCAACAAAUGGAAGAGACAGUCGUAUGGCCAUUUUCCCCUUGAAGGCAUUAUCCAAUUUUCUGAGGAUGACCCCGAAACUUUCAUAUCAUACCACACAUUGUCUGUGAUGAUUGACUAUGCGUAUGGAGAAAAGAUUGACUGGACAUCCAUGGAAGUCACGGAAGCAGAAAAAUACGACAUUGACGCAAAGGCGGAGAAAUUGAAUCUCUUACUCGACACUUGCCACGGCGCCGAAUUCUGGCUUUUUCCAAAUUUGAAAGUUAUCGCGGAGACAAAGAUUCUUACCUCUGGCAGACAGUUGAUCACAGUUGAGAAUGUUUUCGUUGUAUUGGAGCGUGCGAAGGAAGCGAACGCAAAGGCACUAAUCAAAUUGUGUAACGACUUUAUUGAGCAGAACCGCGAGACUGUGGAAAGAGCAAAGAAACAGUCUCAGGAGUGA